CAUUUUGUUACCCAACGGGCCUUGCAGUUUAGAAGCCCAAAUUUCAAAAUUCGGGCUUGGACAUGCCCAUGUCAGCCCGACUCACUUUCUCUUCAUCAAUAGAAUUUGAUCACCAAUAGGCAAUAACCACUCUUCUUGCGCUAUUGAGCAUCAAUCUUGGAAAUUAAUCAGAAACUUCAGAAUUAAUGAACCAGCUUCUGAGACAAUGUUCACGCGGAGGGUUCAGGGGUUUCGCCUCGCAGAGCGGAAAGGGGCAAAAUCUGAAGAUCGAAGGGGUUAAGGACAUAAUAGCUGUUGCUUCUGGCAAAGGUGGCGUCGGCAAGUCCACAACUGCUGUUAAUUUGGCUGUUUCGCUUGCAAAUAAGUGGCAGCUUAAGGUUGGGCUGCUGGAUGCUGAUGUUUACGGGCCAUCCAUUCCGACGAUGAUGAAGCUCCAUGGAAAGCCUGAAUUCAGUGCAGAUAAGAAAAUGAUCCCAAUAGAAAACUAUGGCGUCAAAUGCAUGUCGAUGGGGUCCCUGGUGGCAGAAGGAGAGGCGCUUGUCUGGAGGGGUCCUAUGGUCAUGAAAGCACUUGAACAGAUGACAAGAGGAGUUGAUUGGGGAAUGCUAGAUGUUCUUGUGGUGGACAUGCCACCUGGCACCGGUGAUGCUCAGAUUUCCAUCUCGCAGAGAUUGCAAUUGUCAGGAGCCCUAAUUGUGUCGACUCCUCAAGAUGUUGCCUUAAUGGAUGCUCGAAGAGGUGUUAAAAUGUUCUCCCAAGUGAACGUGCCAAUUUUAGGAAUCGUGGAGAACAUGAGCUAUUUUAAAUGUCCGAGCUGUAAUGAGGCUCAUUACAUUUUUGGAAAGGGUGGAGCUCAAAAGACAGCCGAUGUAAUGGGCAUGAGGUUUCUUGGCGAGUUGCCACUGGAGACAGGAAUAAGAAGUGGUUCUGAUGAAGGAGUGCCCAUUGUGAUAUCCAAUCCCGAAUCUUUUGUAUCAUUGGCCUAUGGUGAUAUCGCCCAGAAGAUAGUCAGCACACUCGAGAUACUCAACCAGCCAUACUCGCGUCCUGAAAUAAAUCUUUAAGUAUGGCUUGUGUCCAGUUAAGUCUUCAACCUUUCUAGAUGGUGGCACACACUUGCUACCACAUGGGCACCCUCAUUCCCAAGCUCCUAAAGACCUAAAGCACGGUAAGUAGAUUCACUUUGAUGUCUCUUUUCACUUGGAGAAUAAAUCGAGUUUGUUCUUUUCCAUUUCCUCUUUCUUCGCCACAGUUUUGUUCAAAGCAUCGAACAUCUUAUGCAACUUGUGUUUUGUAUGUGGAACGAGGGAUGUCGUGUUCGUGUUUCUCAUUUGGUAGGUUCUUUUUCGUGUAGAAAGAAUGAUGAGAUUAUUGGAAUAACACGUGAACAAAGUAUGGUCUUGAAUGGAGAGUAUAUAUUCCUGUAAUGUAGUUUAGUGAUGUGUGUUACAGGGCAAAAGGAGAAAGUAAGAAUUGGUGCUUUUAUUUAAUGGUUGAGAUACAAUGGAAUUUAACCAACUUGUUCCA